ACGCAGCAGCGACGACAACGACAAAGAGCCUAGAAAAGGGGGAGACGGACCGCUUUCUUCCUCUGCUGCUGCUCCUCCUCGGCGGCCGAGCGCAGAGAAUUCGAGGCAAUGCGAUCCUUCCCUCCUCAGCGGAAGUCAUAGCUGAUGGCGCCGAGGCGCAAGAAGUGGACGGAGGAGGAGGAGCGUUCACUCCUCGACAAGUACGCCGAGAUGGCGGCCGACGGAUCCAUCUCGCGCCUACGCACCCGGGAGCGCCGAUUCCGGCCCAUCGCCGCCCACGUCAACGCCGCUCACCACGCCGCCGACCCUGCCGCCUACCCCUUCCUCUGGUCCUGGAAGGACGCCGCCAACAAGGUCCACAACAUGCGCCACCAGUACCUCCUCGUCAAGCGCAAGCUACUCCUCCUCAACCCUCCCCCUACCUCAUCCUCAUCUUCCGCCGUCGCCGCCACUGCCGCCGUCGACUGGGACGAGCAAGGCCUCUCCCGCUGGUCCAACUUCCUCCGCUACCGCUCCGUCUUCGGCGACGCCGCCUUGCCCUUGACCGACCCCGCCCCUGCUCCCGGGGAAGCUUUCGACAACGAUGGCGAGCUCGCCCUAGGGUUAGCCUUCGACGACUGCGCUGAAGGCGGAAGCGGAGAAGGAGCCGAUCAGGAGGUCGGCGACGACGAGGGUUUUGAUUUCGAUGAUGUGGCCCCUGUCGCAGGCUCUGUGCCACAGCAGCCCGCGCAACCUCUGGCGGUGAAUAUGGGAAGGAUGAAGCGGAGGAAGAAGAAGCGGGCUGAGCGGCGGCGAGCACUGGCGGCUUGGAAGGAGUGGGAGGCAAAGAUGGAGGACAGGGAGGCGCAGUGGGAGAGAGCGAGGAUAGAAAGGGAACGGGCAGAGGUGGAGGCGGAGAAGGAGAGGGAGCAGGAAAGGAGACAGGUGCAAAGACAGCGGAGGGAGGAGGAGAUAGAGUGGGAGGAGCGUAUGGAGGGGAGGAGAGCGGAGUGGAGGAAGCGGAUGGAGGGGAUGCUGAGGGAGCACCGAGUUGAGAUGGAGCAGAUUCAGGCAAGGAUCAUUCACGAGCAGCAGAGCGUGGUUGGGCAGCUUCUGGGAGUGCUAUCACAAUGGGCGGCGAGCCCUGUUUUUGGAGGGCUCUCAGAUGCCACUGGUGGUGGCACUGCGUUGGGACAACACCAUCACCACCAACAUCAGCCACACCACCAGGCUGUACCCUAUCUGUCUCAGAUGGUGCAUGGGUUGCACCAUGUGAAUGGUAUCGUUCCAGGAGAGAAUCGGGUUGAUGGGGAUGGACAUGAGGAUCAUUUCAUCGUUGAUGAUUGACUAAAAUUAGGGCUUCGGAUCUCUUUAUAUGAAUGGAGGUUGUAAACGGAUCACUCAGAUACAGAAUUGUGUUGGCAGGCACAUGCAGGAGAACAAGUAUCGAGAAUUAAUUAUCAGAGUUGGAAAUUUGUAAAUGGCUUCAUGCUGGACUGGAGAUAUUAUAGGUGGAUCUUGAUGCGUACGUACUAGGUCUGUCUGAUCAUCAUUCUUUCUAUUCUCAGCUGUAAGGAUGGGUUGUGACAGGAGCAGAUACACAUGUGAGUCUUCCAUGCAGCAGAGCAUUGUCAGGCUGCUCAUUUAAGUCCUCUUAAGUCGGUGGCAAGCCUUGAUGUUGGAGAGUGCUUGAUUUGGAAAGAACAAUAUUGGUAGGUGUCAAAGACUUGCACCAUGUGAAAGCCCUUUUUUUAUUUUGUAACUUAAGUUUAUAGAAUUUGUAGGAGAAAAUUUGGCUAUGGCAAUGACUCAUGAGGACUGGAAUGGAACAUGGAUGCUUGUCUAGCAUAGCAUAGCAGGAACUGUUUCAGAAGGUAUAGACGAGGAUGGUAUGAAGUUGCCUUCUUCAUGUACUUUUUGUAUAUUGGCCGUAACAUAAGAUUGGUAUGUCAUUCCAGCAAUUAUGUAUGUUUGUGUUAACCAGUAUUCUAAUGAAUAUUUGUUUUUUAUGAUUACUGACAUUGUUGGUAUAUUCACCAGCCAAAUUGAACAAAUCAAGCUGCAAUUACUUUGGCUUUGGAGUACUUCGAAAGUUGAGGUGGCUCAAAGUGUUUUGACUGAGCCAGGUUGUUUUGAUUAAGAUGAACCUUCGAAAGUCAGGAAGUGGACUUCAUCUAUGGAAUUAGAUUGAAAAGAAGCCUCCCAAGAACAUAUUUACGUAACAUCAAUUUUGUUUUUUGUUUGGGUGUGUUUCGUUUCAUUCUAUAUUGUCUAAUUAAUUGAAGGAAGGCUAUUUUUAUUUUUCUUAUUUUUCAGUUUCACCCACCACAUCCAUGACGAGAAGGGCGUUUACUCCUUCCUGCGCGGGCUGCUGCUAGGGGCCGUGGCAAUGCUCGACUCGGCACUCUGGUACUCGUCGCAACGAAACUGAAGCAACUUGAUCCGGUGAGCCAAGACAAAGGACCAGGUUUGGAGGAGGGGGAUGCAACUCUUGUGGAGCAUAGUAAUGAUGGCACAGGCAGCAUUGCUGGGAUGGGUUGUGCUGUAGACCCAUUUUGGUAGCCGCAUCACCUUGGAGGGAUUCGACGACGUGCCCUGGCAGAGGUAUUCCAUUGUGGGGACUGACACCAAUGGCGGCAUCGAGUCUAAGGGUGGAGGUGCUGGCUCUUGGUGGGGCAUUGCCACCACGUUGGUUGCCGCCAAGGUUGCCAUGAGGACAACAGCGACCAGCUCCAUAUUGGAUAUAUAUAUGGAGAGAGAAAGAGAAAUAUUUGUGAUAGAGGACUUGUGGGGAAGAGGUAAGAGGGAGAGAGUAUUAAUUCAGCACAUCCACUUAAAGCAGUGUGAUUGAGAGUGUUCUUGUUGUUUUAGUAACUGAACUGUACCCAAUGGUAACUCAAAAUAAGACGUUAUAAGUGUGACAAAUGUUAUGGUAUGGAUCUAAUGUUAAAA